CGUGAAUAUGGGCUGGUGGUCAAAGGGCGCCUCCCUUAUUCUGUUUCUUCUUGUAGCGAAGAAGCGUGAGCUUAGAAGUUCAGGUGAGACUUUGUUGUUGCAUGGUAAAAUCAGGGAUCGUUUACUUUCUUUACAGCAGAUACCUAAUGUACUGAUCGUGAGUGAUAAGUUGUUAAUUGCCAAUGGAAUGGUAGAAGUCUAAUGUAAGAGUAUUUCUUUUGGCUUUUGCUUUUGGUACACAGAUAAACUGUUAACGCAACACAUUUGACGUCAUCAUGUUUCGGUCGUUCAGCGACCACCAUUAAUAACGUUCUGUUCCGGUAGGAAAACAAAGUAUACCUCUAAAGAUGGUGCAGCUGAAAUUUCCGAACGGAUUUUCCGGAACUUUUCUCAUUUGCAACACAUUAUAAUCUAGCAUGGAUGUGAAGCAAUUUCGGGUAUUUUAUAACAAGUUUUAUCCCGAACAGAAUUGCCUCGCAUUCACGUUGGGUUACACUAUUAAAAAUGCAAAUGAAAAACAAAAUCUAACGGUGAAAAGGGCUAUUGUCUGAUCCUCAUCAGUGGUUUUCAACUGAAAUUUCCAUACUUUGUUGUCUAAAUACCUGCGGAGUACAUAAACAUCGAAGGUUUCGAAAGCAAAUCGAGGAAUCGAAACAGCAAACAGCUAGACGGUACAGUGGGUUGUCAAGCGUGACUUUCUAGGAAAAGGUUCAAAAAAGAUCGUUACAAGCUCAUAAAUAUGCAGCAUUUUCCGGUGUUUCAGUUAGCCGUCAGCCGAUUUCCUCUGCAAAAAAUCGAUCGAGAGCUCCUCGCUGAAAUAUCUAUUGAAUCUUCUGUGCACCAACUGCUCGAACUACUUAGUUUCUACUACUUGGAUACUUUGUUUACAUUUGGAAUCAAGAGGCUCUCAAACUGUUUAAAAACCAGCCUAAUUGAGACAAGUUCAGUGUAGCGUUUCUACUCACUGCAAGACUAAAUUUAGUUCCAACUGAAGCCGAAAUAACAUUUGUCCAUGGGACUCUGGUAUCGUAGUUUCGUUGUAGUCUUAGCUCUAGUUGUGAGUAGUAACUUCCCAUCAUCCAUUUUUACCUCAGGAGAUCGGCAGAAAAUCAUUUCUACACCAGAUAAGCCGACCAAGGUCUUCAUUGGCGAUAAUGUUUCUUUAACAUGGCGCUACUAUCAGCCGAGUCAUCUUACACUACGCCACGUGUUAUUUGGUAUUUUUAAAAGACCUGGCUAUCUGAAGACGGAACUAGCGGAGGUCAAUAAAAAUGGCGUUCCUAGGGUGAGAAAAGACUAUGGUUUAUCACUGAGUUGGGCAGGAAACUUGACAGCUUCCCUUGCCGUGUUUGUGCUUUACAACGUGCAACCCGCAGACGGCAAGAAAACAUUUGGCAUACAAGUAGAUUUUGGGUACGAGUAUGACAUGCUGACCGACAUAGUGCGGCUUCAAGUCGAGGCCAAACCCAUUGUGGAUCUUCCGAGAAUCACCUAUGUUACUACUCCACCCCUGGUCGGGAUGGGACAAAAUGUCAGCCUUAAUUGCACGGCCAGUAGUAUUUCUCCUGUUAACGUCACGUGGUACAAGGGGAACAAAGUCUUGACUAAUGGUAUUUCCGAAUCGGUGUUGACACUGAAGAACAUCACAGAUAAGGACUGGGGCGAGUUCUUCUGUGUCGCUAAUAAUUCUGCAGGAAAAGAUGAGAAGACUGUUGUCCUCAAAGUUCUCCCCGAGAGCCCAACAAUACUGAACACAAACAAGGUUGUUCGCUACGCCAACUGGACGCUACAAUGGUCAGCGGUUUACAGUAUAGGAGUCUGGGUGACGUUAUACACAGUCUGGCACCGAGUUGAGCACGUGACCAAGGACAGAGUGGCACGUGAGAAACCAUGGUUACGCGAGAAUGUUACUGGUCUUGUGUACCGCAAAGAACUUACCACUGACAGGUCUUACUUGUUCGCUGUAACAGCUUGGAAUCGAUGGGGGGAGAGUUUGUUGGAAAGAGACAAAAUGUUGUCCAUAUCAACCGAUUUUCCAGAUAGCGCUGUUUCGACUGAGCAUAGACCUUCAGUCACACCGUUUGACAGCAACAAAAAGUCUGAUUUCACAGGGAAGGAAGUCAUCAUCUGGGGAGCCGUUAGUGCGUUUUUGUGCAUACUGAUGUCAGUGGUGGUGAUUCAUUUUGUACGAAGACAACGUAAAAGAAAUCAAACAGGGCACCAAAACGUAAAAGGGUAUGUACUGUUCGUCAAGAGCAAAGAUGGUUAAGAUGGAGAAAAUUUACACGGAUUACAAACGACGAACUUAAAAAAUUUAGGCUAAGAUUUUCAAGAUGCCCAAACCAUGACGUAGCUCCUUUAAAAGCAAUGGUCACACAAAUUUGGCCAAAAAUCUCAUGUGCGCAUGUGCACACCUAACUUUAUCGAAUGGCAGCUGUGUCGUCCUGGUUUGGUCAAACCACGGAGAUGUGAGAUCGGUGGCAUCGCCAUAACCAGUCCAAUACUUUGAAAUCUUAAUUAGCUUGUCCAUUACUGUCAUUGGUCCUCUCAGGUAGUUUGGGCGUGUAAUAUCUGGAUGGAGGUAACCCUCUUUAAUAGGAAAGUCUGUAGCCAUGUUAGUAAAUCAAACCCAAUUGCUGACACAUAAAGCAACAGCCAGUCGAUCGCUUGAGGUAGAGAGAGGUAUC